GGAAGCUCCUUCCCGCCCGCCCCCUCAGCACUGCGGUAAUAUGGCUCCGUAGCCAGCGGCCCGGGCCGGUGCUGCUGCCGCCAUUAACCCCUGGCUGCCCGGCGGUGGCGGCGGCGGCGGCCGAGGCGGGGGAGCGACCCGUGGGGCUCAUGUGCAGGCGCUGCCGCCGUUCCCCGGCCGUUGCCCUCCCGUGAGGAUGAGCUCGGCCGCCGGUCCCGCCGCCUUACCCCCGGGCUCCGCCACCCGGGCCUUGCAUGUGGAGCUGCCCUCGCAGCAGCGCCGGCUUCGUCACCUUCGGAACAUCGCUGCCAGGAACAUUAUCAACAAGAAUGGUUAUCGCCUCUUGGACACCUACUUCACUCUUCACUUGUGUGAUAACACCAAGAUAUACAAAGAAUUCUAUAAGAGUGAGGUGAUCAAGAAUUCACUGAAUCCAACUUGGAGGAGUCUGGACUUUGGAAUAAUGCCUGAUCGUCUCGAUACCUCUGUCUCCUGUUUUGUUGUGAGGAUCUGGGGUGGCAAGAAGGAGCACUUUCAGCUUUUGAUUGAGUGGAAAGUCAAUCUAGAUGGGUUAAAGUACUUGGGCCAGCAGAUACAUGCAAGAAACCCAAAUGAGAUUAUUUUUGGUCUCAAUGAUGGUUAUUAUGGAGCUUCAUUUGAACAGAAGGAUCACUCAGGUACCCUGAAGAACAGUCUUCUCCAGGUGGAUCAGAACUGUGUUCGUAACUCUUAUGAUGUUUUCUCUUUGCUUAGGCUUCACAGAGCCCAAUGUGCAAUUAAACAGACUCAGGUAACUGUUCAGAAGAUAGGAAGGGAGAUUGAAGAAAAGCUGAGAUGUACAUCUACAAGCAAUGAACUGAAAAAGGAGAGUGAAUGUUUACAGCUGAAGAUCCUGGUGCUACGUAAUGAACUGGAGAGGCAGAAGAAGGCCCUUGGUCAAGAAGUAGCCUUGUUGCAAAAGGAAAAAAAUACUUUACAUGACAGAGAAAAUGCAUUUGAGGCUGAACACCAGAAACUUCAAGAACAUAAUGAAUCCCUGAAUGAGUUAAGAAAGGAAUGCACUGCUAAGAGAGAACUGUUUUUGAAGACGAAUGCCCAGCAGACUAUUCGAUGCAAGCAGUUGCUGUCAGAGCUAUCCUAUAUCUACCCUAUUGAUCUGAAUGAUCAAAAGGAUUACUUUGUUUGUGGAGUCAAGCUUCCUAAUUCUGAAGACUUUCAAGCAAAAGAUGAUGGAAGCAUUGCUGUUGCCCUGGGCUACACCGCUCACUUGGUUUCGAUGAUAUCCUACUUCUUACAAGUGCCACUCAGGUAUCCCAUAAUUCACAAGGGCUCCAGGUCUACAAUCAAAGAUAAUAUCAAUGACAAACUGACAGAAAAAGAGAGAGAAUUUCCUUUAUAUCCAAAAGGAGGGGAGAAGCUUCAGUUUGAAUAUGGAGUGUAUCUUCUUAACAAAAAUAUAGCACAGCUUAGAUAUCAACAUGGGCUGAGUACUCCAGACCUAAGGCAAACUCUUCCUAACCUGAAAAACUUUAUGGAACUUGGACUAAUGGUUAGAUGUGAUCGACACCAUACAUCCAGUGCAAUUCCUGUUCCAAAGAGACAGAGCUCGAGCUUUGGCAGAUUGGAUAUUGGCUUUUCCAGUGGGCUUCCCUCUCCGGAUAAAGGACUCCGAAAACGAGCCAGCACAGCAAACGAAAGACUCCAGUACAAAACUCCUCCUCCCAGUUACAACUCUGCUGUUACACAGCCUGUUGCCAUCACAGCCCACAUUGAGAAAAAGCCUGGAUCAAUAUCUUCCUCCUUGGAUACCUCGAUGGACUCCUCGAAAGAAAAUCCCAAGAAAGGCGAGGACUCCUGCGGCAGUUUCAACGGAGAAAACGGGAAUUUCAGCAGCACCCAAAACCAUCAGGAGCCUCUCCAAGGACAUCCAAGUGCAAUAAAUGGGGCCUUGCUCCCUGGUGAGUCCUCUGCCACUGCAAGCAACCAACAACCCUGCGAGUUCCCUCCCUCCCUCGGUCCCGUCCUUUGCUGCACCGUGGAGCAAGCAGAGGAGAUCAUGGGGCUGGAAGCGACAGGGUUCAGCACAGGAGAUCAGCUGGAAGACUUUAACUCCAUCCCGGUGGAACACGCCGUGGCUGUGGAGUGUGAUGAACAAGUCCUGGGAGAGUUUGAGGAGUUCUCCAGAAGGAUCUAUGCACUGAAUGAAAACAUGUCCAGUUUCCGCAGACCACGGAAAAGUUCGGACAAGUGAGCUUGGAGGGGGAUUUGGUAGCAGGCAUUGAGGUGAAAUCUGGAAUAGAGAUAAAAUUGCACUUAUUCUUUAUAUUAAUUAUAAAAAAAAAAAAAAAAAGAAAAAAAAAGAAAUUUAAAAAAGUUAAGCUAUGAGUGUUAGACAAACGGACUUGAGCACAAUAACACAGGAUCAUGGUAUGUUCACGGCCCAGGUAAAGUUUAAUUCUGCUUCUGAUCCUCUUAGGUCUGGUAUUUAUAAUCUGUUGGGAUAUUUUUAUUUUUUUUUUUCAGGCAUUGGAAUCCAUUUAUUUCCUGGAAACAACUUCUAGUGCUGAUCUGGCCUUUCUACAAAUAUUUGUUAAUUUCUUAAUUAUUCUUUAGAGUUAAAUUUAUUUUAAUCUUUUCAGGAGAUUAAAAAAACCAAAAAGAAUAUAAUUUAAAAAUACAUUUAUGGUAAGACCUCCUUUACCUUUUCCCAUGUACUCCUGUGUUCUCUUGAGCAAUGCAGUCUGUUACAGAAAUACCAUAAAUUUGUUAUAAUUGAACAGCUUUCUCUUGGCUGUGUUCUGUAGCCUUUGAAGUUCUGGUUUGCACUGAUGAGUCUUCAGUUGGUGGUGUAAACAGAGAAUGAGCACCUGAGUGAUACCUGCAGUUUUCUUGCACCUGAUUAAUCAGAAAUGACAUUUUUGCCUCCCUCCUUUCUUCCAUACUGUUCCUACCAGUAGAAGCCUUGAGAAAUAAAUCCCCCAUAAGGUUUCUUACAAAAAAAACCAUCUCAGCCUGACCAUCCCCUGCUACACCUGGGCACAGAACUCAGCAGUAGAGACUGGUGCUACCUAAGCUGCCACCCUCUGAGGUGUCUUAAUGGGAACCAUGUGCUGUGAAGAUCUUCACAGACAUCUUGGUAUAAAAAAAAAAAACCCAGACUGAAAACACAGCACUUAGAAAUUAAGCAAAUUUGUGAAAUUGCUCCACUCUCUGUAGAAAGGAGGCACUUAACAUUCAUCACCUAAAUUAAUAUCCUUUUAACCAGCUGUGCUGUAAAGGAAGAUAUUUCCAGCAGUUGGCCCAAGGUGUGGUUUGUUCUUAGGUAGGUGACCACUGGCACAAUGUGUCCAGCUGCACUAAGGGGAAAGCAGUUUGCAGCCUGCUUUGUAAUUCCUGGUAUUUUUUUUUUUUUCAGUUUGGAAUUUCAUUGCUCUUGCUUUCUCUAUUGUAUACCCAAGAAUUUGGGCUCAGUUGUGGGCUCUCAAAUAUCAAAAUAUAUUUAGCAGAAUAAAAAAACACUUCACCAUG